AUGCUUUUGCUCAGCUGUUGGGGGGUUUUCCUUCCCAGAAAUAGCGGCGGUAUAAAGACAGAUGACAUCCAUAAAAUUGUUUUGGUAAGUUAACAGAAAUCCGGCGAGGUUGCUUCCCUGGUGUCUUCUGAUUGGCACCACUGGGUCACCCACUGAGAAGCCGGUGAACCGUAAACGCGAGGUGAUUGAUUGAUUCUCCGCCCCUGCCUGCAGCAGGUGGAGGGAGGGCGGCCGAGCCGGGGACUACAACUCCCAUGAGCCCACGGGGCAGGGGAGCCAACCUCUCCCAGCAGUCUCCUGGAUUAACCCAUUAGGCGGUGCUUCACAGGGAUGAAGAUGGGUGCGGGUAAGUAGAGGGUGGUUUUGAGGGCCUGAGGUCACCUCUCCCUGCCUCGCUAAGAACUACGAACCGGGAGCUGAGGCGGUCAGCAGCGAGGAAGAAGCCAAGAAGGGAGAAGACGCUUGGCUACGGCCGCCCUCAGAAGCCAGCAUGUCAGAGGAACAGCCCAGGGCCUCCUCUGGAGGGCAGCGGGACGUAGGGCGCGGCCUCGAGAACCUGCCCAUCAGUUCGUGGCCCGAAGGGGAAGAGCCCGAGUUCCAGUAUACUCCUGAACAUGUGAUUGGACCUGGAGCAGAAGUUGAUCCCACUCAAAUAACCUUUCCUGGAUGCACUUGUCUCACAACUUCAUGCCUCCCUACCAUUUGUUCAUGUCUCCUUCAUGGAGAGAAUUAUGAUAAUUCAUGCCUCAGAGACAUAGAAAGUGAAAUGGAAUUUGCCAGACCGGUGUUUGAAUGCAAUGUCAUGUGCCAGUGCAGUGAAGAAUGCAAGAACAGAGUAGUUCAAAGAGGUCUGCAAUUCAAUCUCCAGGUGUUCAAGACUGAUAAGAAAGGCUGGGGGCUUCGCACCUUGGAAUUUAUACCCAAAGGAAGGUUUGUGUGUGAAUAUGCUGGUGAAAUUUUAGGAUCUUCAGAGGCAUGCAGAAGAAUACGACGACAAACAAAGCAUGAUUUAAAUUACAUUAUAGCUGUCAGAGAGCACAUAUGUAAUGGCCAGAUAAUAGAAACAUUUGUGGAUCCUACCAACAUAGGUAACAUUGGCAGAUUUCUUAACCAUUCUUGUGAGCCAAAUUUAUUAAUGGUCCCUGUCCGUGUUGACUCAAUGGUGCCUAGGUUGGCACUUUUUGCAGCCAGAGACAUUUUGCCAAAAGAAGAACUUUCUUAUGACUAUUCAGGAAGAUUUCACAAUCUUUUAAAGAGUAAUGGAAACCAAGAAAUUCCAGAUAAAGACAAAACAGGGAAGCCUUGUUAUUGUGGUACCAAAUCAUGUGCUGCUUUCUUGCCUUAUGACAGUUCGCUAUACUCACCCCUAGAAAAACAAACAACAAGUUGAAAGAUCAGUUAAAGACUAUGACAUGAGGCUACCAUUAGUGGUAAACAUAUAUAGUCAUGAGAAUUGUUUCCACAGUUUGAACCAAAAGGCAUUAAAAUAAGCAUAUUAUAACACUUACCAAAUAUAGAGUUGGUUAUAUUUUCAUUUCAAACUAUUUCAUGAUUGAGAAUGGGAUAGCAUUUCCAAAUCAUAAAAAUGAAAAUAAGCAUGUAACACAAAAGAGAGAAUUCUGAUAAUGCCCAUUGAAUUGUGUGAUGAUUAAAAAAUUCUGAGAGACAUAGUUUCUGGGUAAUUUAAUCAUUUUAUUAAUAAGACCAGCAUGUUAUUAAUAAAAGGAUAGUCAUUUAGCCAUCCUUCUCAGACCAAAGACCCCUAAUGGCAGUGGGCUCCCAGAUUCUAUGCCCUUUGAAGAAUAGGUGUUCCUGAGGAGGUGCCAAUCAACUCUGACUGGUUAACACAAUGGGAGGUGGGCUAUAUUAAAAUGAGGGUCUUGGGGUAUAUAACUUAAGUCACCCAAAUCUUGGUUAUCAAUUUCUAUAAUCACCUGUUUUAACAGAAGGGAGAAUCAACAUUUUCCCAGACCUGUUGAGCAAACACAGUGAGCAGAAAUACACCCAUUAGCCCAAACUUAGAAAUUCUUUCACUAUCUGAUUAGAUCUGGGUAAAUCUCUCUUAGAGAUUUCCUACACUAGUUGGUUUCUGGAUGAGGAAGUUAAAAAAAAAGGAAAAACCUUGGUCCUGAUUCAAUAAUUAGUUAUUAAAUACAAGAGAAAUAUUAAUUUCUCAUAAUUGUGAACCUAAUCAUCCCUACUUUAUAGCCCUAUUGUAUGACAGAGGAAACUAUUUGGGAGUUUAGUAAACAUCUUCAGAGUUCAAGAUACUCUUUGAGCCCUGGUAUGUCAUUUAGCAAAUUCCUAUUCUAGGGCACUAAAUAGUAAAACAGAAAUAAGAAAAAUUAUAUAAGUACUCUAGAUCAUGGAAGAGCUCUGUUAACCUUACCUUUGUAUGUUGGACAUCGCAUGUCUUAUUAAAUACAUCAAUAUUUGUUUCUUCCUCCACUAACGAUCUACUCCAAUGGUUCAUUCAAGUCAGCAGGCAUCUUUUACAAUGUGCCAAGCACUGUGCUAAGUGGUGGGAAUACAAAUACAAGCAGAAACAAAGGCAGUCCCUGAUCUCAAGGAGCUUACAUUCUAAUGGAAGAAAACAACAUAUACAAGUUAUGGAGCACCAUUUUAAUAGAGUUCUACCUGACAAGUACUGUUUGUCAGGUAAUACACCAGACAUUCUCCUUUGGAAGCAUGAACCAAAGCAUAUCCUGAUAUCUUUAGUCGUCUGAGGUCAAUGUCACAGCAUGUGAAUAAGCCCUGGAUUUGGACUGAAAAGAUCCUAGUUCAAGAUUCAGCUCUGCCACUUAACAACUAUGACCUUGGCCAAGUCACUUAAACUUUCUCUGAGCCUCAGUUUUCUCAUCUGUAAAAAUAUGGAGAUUAAUUGAGAUAACAUGAUAAAGUGGAAAGAACCUUGAAUUUGGAAUCAGAAGCCUUGAGUUCAAAUCUCAGUGAUGCUAAUGGCUUUAAUCUCCCUGGUUCUCAGUUUCUUCAUCUGUACAAUGACAAGAUUGUGCUCGAUAAUCUCCAAGAUCCUAAAUGUACAGUUCUAAAUCUUGUGAUCUUAGAGAAUUUGCACAACCUCCUUCCCAGAGCUUUUGUAAGGAUCAAGAGAAAGAUUAUAUGUAAACAACUUUUUUACAGACAUAAAGCACUCUAUGAAUGCAAGCUAUUAUUAGCAUAGUGAUUGCUCACAAAACGGCUCUUUGGGACAGUUAGAAGCAAAGCAUUGAGCUGGAUAGAGACCUUUGGUUUGAUCUAUGUCAUUUUUGCGAACUGGUUUUCUUUUCCCAAAAGAAUUGUUUGGCUGGGGGGGGGAGUGUGGAGGUAAUUUAGCAUAUUCUUAUUCGUAGAGGUGGUGAUGAGGUUAAGGAGUGCUGG